GUGUGUGUGUGUGUGUGUGUGUGUGUGUGUGUGUGUGUGUGACCUCCUAACAGCGACCUGGAUUUAUUAUAAUAAUAUAAUUUUGUACUGAGUCAGAUUUUUGUAGCGCAUCUGUAAAACUCUACACAAAUCUGCACAUCGUCUUGAAUGACACCCAGUGUGUGUGUUUGAUUUCAGGAGAAAACCUCAAGUCGUUUAAGCAGACCAAAAAACACCGAAGACUAAAACUGCAACUUCUGCUAUAUGACUGCCUUCCAAUGGGGACAAAUAAGAGCAAGCCAAAAGACCCAGGCCAGAGGUCUCUGAGCCUGGAUGGUACUAUUGUCAUGGGUUCCUCCAGCGGACACCAUUUCAAUGCCGGGCCUCAGACCCAAACUCCGAACCGGAGUCCUGCGGUGGGGACCAGCAGGCGGAGCAACACUUACCACACAAACAGUGCAGAACAUCAACUUUUUGGUGGGGCAGAUCACACGGCGGGAAUCACGUCACCCAUAAGAGCUGGUGUCACCACGUUUGUCGCUCUAUAUGACUAUGAAUCACGGACGUCUGCAGAUCUCACGUUUAAGAAGGGCGAGAGGCUUCAGAUCCUCAAUAACACGAGAAAGUACAACUACAGGGAAGGUGAUUGGUGGUUGGCAAGUUCAUUGAACACAGGGAAGAGCGGCUACGUCCCGAGCAACUACGUCGCACCAUCAGACUCCAUCCAAGCGGAAGAGUGGUUUUUUGGUAAAAUCACGCGGCGUGAUUCCGAGCGCCUGCUGCUCAUCAUCCAGAACAGGAAAGGAACUUUCCUUGUGCGAGAAAGUGAGACGACUAAAGGAGCAUACUGCCUGUCUGUGCUGGACUUCGACAGCACCAAGGGUUUAAAUGUCAAGCACUACAAAAUUCGCAAGCUGGACAGCGGAGGGUUUUACAUCACGUCCCGGACGCAGUUCAGCAGCCUGCAGCAGCUCGUCCUGCACUACCGCACACACGCAGACGGAUUAUGUCAUGUUCUGACUGAGAUCUGUCCCAUGCUGAAGCCUCAGACUCAGGGACUGGCACGAGACGCCUGGGAAAUCCCCCGCGAGUCUCUGCGUCUGGACGUUAAACUGGGACAGGGCUGUUUCGGGGAAGUGUGGAUGGGUACGUGGAACGGCACAACGCGAGUCGCUAUAAAGACGUUGAAGCCGGGCACCAUGUCCCCCGAGGCGUUCCUGGAGGAGGCUCAGGUCAUGAAGAAACUCCGCCAUGAGAAACUGGUGCAGCUUUACGCCGUCGUCUCCGAGGAGCCCAUCUUCAUCGUCACAGAGUACAUGAGCCAAGGAAGUCUGCUGGAUUUCCUCAAAGGCGAGAAGGGAAAAUAUUUACGACUUCCACAGCUGGUGGAUAUGGCUUCUCAGAUCGCUGCCGGGAUGGCGUACGUGGAAAGGAUGAAUUACGUACACAGAGAUUUACGUGCGGCGAACAUCCUGGUUGGAGAUAACCUGGUGUGUAAAGUGGCUGAUUUUGGCCUGGCGAGACUGAUCGAGGAUAACGAGUACACGGCCAGACAGGGUGCGAAGUUCCCCAUUAAGUGGACGGCUCCUGAGGCCGCGCUGUACGGACGCUUCACCAUCAAAUCCGACGUCUGGUCUUUUGGCAUUUUACUGACCGAAUUAGCCACCAAAGGCCGAGUCCCGUAUCCAGGUAUGGUGAACAGGGAGGUGCUGGACCAGGUGGAGCGCGGGUACCGAAUGCCGUGUCCUGCCGAGUGUCCGGCCUCGAUGCACGAGCUCAUGCUAAGCUGCUGGCGCAAAGAAUCGGAAGAACGUCCGACCUUCGAGUACCUUCAGGGUUUCCUAGAGGACUAUUUCACCUCCACUGAACCUCAGUACCAACCUGGAGAAAACCUCUAGGGCUUCUUCAGAGAGAGAACGGACUCUGCUGGUACGUUCGUUGGUAGAAAAAAGUGCACGUGCGGUCACCGCGCGAGCGUCACGCCGUCGGCUCCAGUGAGAAGAAUGCAUGCUUGUGGUUAAAAAUAAAGGUGUGGGAAAAACA